AUGGCCCAGGCCCUGCGAACCUCGACGGCCAUGCUCGCGCGGCGACAGCUUGCCUCGGCCCACGGCACCUCCAUCGCGGCUGCGGCCCGGACAGUCUUUGCUUCCCAGCAGCAGCAGCAGCGUGGAUAUGCGACGCCCAAGGGUCCCCCGCCCGCCAACUUCCGGACCAGCAGGCAUGUCGAGUGGCCCUGGGACAGAGACAGCACCCUGGACCGCAUGGGCAAGUUCUUCCUCAUGACCGAGAUGGCCAGGGGCAUGUACCUGCUGCUCGAGCAAUUCUUCCGCCCUCCCUACACAAUUUACUAUCCCUUUGAAAAGGGCCCCAUUUCCCCCCGUUUCCGUGGCGAGCACGCCCUUCGACGAUACCCCUCGGGCGAGGAGCGAUGCAUCGCCUGCAAGUUGUGCGAGGCGAUAUGCCCUGCUCAGGCCAUCACCAUCGAGGCCGAGGAGCGCGCCGACGGUUCUCGCCGCACAACCCGCUACGACAUCGACAUGACAAAGUGCAUCUACUGCGGCUUCUGCCAGGAGUCGUGCCCCGUUGACGCCAUUGUCGAGAGCCCCAACGCCGAGUACGCGACCGAGACGAGGGAGGAGCUGCUGUACAACAAAGAGAAACUGCUGUCCAACGGAGACAAGUGGGAGCCUGAGCUGGCCGCCGUCAUCCGCGCCGACUCGCCUUACCGAUGA